AUGCGGUUAUCGGUGGCCGAAAGAGGGAACUGUAAGCGACUCGCCGCGUCCACGUGCGGCUGUGUGGGUUUUGCUCGCUGCCUCUAUGAGUACUGUGAUUAUAUAACAGGUCUCUGUGCUUGGGCUUGGGCAGGCUCAGGUUGGAUCAGAGUCGUGUUCAGGCCUGCGCAAACAGGGUGGGCUGCUGAAUACGUUAUGGUCCGCUGCGUUAUUGGUGUUCUGGCGUUGCAAGGUGCGUUUAUAGAGCACGUGCACCAUCUUGAGCAGUGUAUUGAGAACGAUGCGGGCAAAUGCUACGGGCCCGGAUUGGAGAUUGUGACUGUUAAAGAGAGUGCUCAGUUGUGGAGAUGCGAUGCUCUGGUGAUCCCCGGUGGUGAGUCCACUUCCAUGUCGUUGAUCGCUCAAAGGAAUGGGCUUUUCGACGAUCUGUACAAGUUUGUUAGAGAUUCGAGUAAAGCGAUCUGGGGUACCUGUGCAGGGUUGAUUUUCUUGGCAGAGGAACUGUCUACUCAAGGGAAACUCGUGAAAACUUUACAACUGUUCAAGGGAAGAGUAAGACGGAAUGCCUUCGGUAGACAGGCGCAAUCCUUCACGCAGGAAUGCGACUUCUCGUCGUUUAUACCAAACUGUUCCGAUUUCCCAACAACUUUCAUUAGAGCCCCCGUUAUAGAGAAGAUCCUAGACCCAGAGAAGGUGGAAGUCCUGUACAAACUUGACGGGGUGGGAACGGGCCACGCUUCAAUGGAUGGUUUGAUAGUGGCUGCAAGACAGGGCCAAAACGUGCUUGUCACCUCCUUCCAUCCAGAACUGGCAGCUGACAUCAGAUUCCAUGAUUGGUUUAUCAAAGAGUUUGUGUUGAAACUGUAA